UUGGUUAAAUAAAUACAUAUAAAUCCGAGUCCUACUUAUUAGUAAAUAAUUGUUUAGUGUUUUCUCAUUUGUUAUCAUUUACUUUAUGAGAUCGUCUGUUUCGUGUUAUUAAUUAAUUAUAAUAAAUUUAAAUUAAAUUAUUAGUGAAAUGGAACUUCAAAUAGAUGAAAUUGUGUCAAUUUUAGAUAUUUUAACUUUUUUGGGUGAUGACGAAGACAAAUUAAAUUUUUUAAAUUUUGGUAUUCCAAGACAAAUUUAUGAUAGAACAAACUAUUUUAAUACAUUAGAUGAAGUUAGUUUUCAACGUCGCUUCCGUUUAAGUAAAGAGGCAGUUUUAUUUCUACUUAAUUUGAUAGAAAAAGAUUUAGAAUAUCCAACAAAUAGAAAUCAAUCAAUUGCCCUAGUAAAUCAAAUUUUAUGUUUUUUAAGAUUUUAUGCUACUGGUAAGCAUUUAAUAAGUAUUGCAGAUUUUAUGGGAUGUCAUGUAUCUACAGUAUCCAGAAUAGUGUAUAGAGUAGCAAGAGUAAUUUCUAUUCGGUGUAAGAAUUUCAUUUCAAUGCCUAAAACCGACAUUGAAAUAGCAUUGAUACUGCUAAAGAAUUUUAUAAUAUAGCUAAGUUUCCAAAAGUCAUUGGCGUUAUUAACAUGUUAAAGUACAGUCAUUGGGUAAGUAUUAAUGAAGAAAUGUAUAUUGAGUGUAGGUUGAGGUUGUUUAUUUAUUAUUAGUUAUUACCUUUGCACUAAUUUCGGUUUAAUUUUGUUGUUCUUAUUGGUUAAGUGAAUAUACUCAAUAGGUACUUGUCAGAAAAUAAUUAUUUCUAUCAGUAGUAAUAACCAAUAUUUUCUUUUAGGUGGCCAAAAUGCAGAGAUAUAUAGAAACAGAAAAGGUUAUUUCUCUGUGAAUGUGCAAUGUGUAUGUAGACUGUAGAGCCAAUUUGACCAUAGCAAAUGUUGUAGCACAUUGGCCAGGCUCUGUGUAUGACUCAACUAUAUUUAAUAAUUCUAGAUUGCACACGGAAUUUGAAACAAAAGUUUAUAGAAACUAAAUCAUGUUAGGUAAAAUAAUAGCUAUCAUCAGCUAUUAAUUAUUAUCAUUAACAUGUGAAUAUGUGUACUUAUAUGGCUAUAUACAUGAAUAUUUUUGUUAUGUAUAGGAGAUAGUGGAUAUCCCUUAUUAAACUAUUUAAUUACUCCAUUAUUACAUGUAGCUACAGCUAAUGAACAGCUUUACAAUGAAUCUCAUAUCCGUACAAGAAACUAUUGAAAGAUGCUUCGGUAUCCUAAAAAGAAGAUUUCCAAUUCUUCCUUAUUGUAUAAGACUACAACAUAUUGAUGCCAUUAUGGCAGUUAUUACAUCAACAUGUAUCUUGCAUAAUUCUGUUCAAUGACCAAGUACAAGACAGUAUAGACCUAGAAGACCCUCAACAUUUGAAUUUAGUUAUAAAUAAAAUGACAGUUCAAACAUCAUGAGCUCAUACCGGCUAACCGCUAAAUAAGGUUAUUAUCAACAAAAUAAUUACAUGAAGUUGUGUUCAAUAUGAUGAUACCGGAAUUAAGAUGAACCUGCAGUGAGUUCUGUGAGUAUAAUAAUAAAAGUACGCAAGCCAGAUCAAACCUUUAUUCAAUUUAAAAUCAAUGUGGCAACAGACCUUGAG